AUGGGCUCUACAGCUGCUUCUUCUUUCCCCCGCAUCAAGGAAGUGCGGACAUUCCUUAUUGAUGGAGUUGGAUCUGGCGGCGAUUACCAUAAUGUUAAAGGCGGCCAUUGGCUAAUCGACAGCAACAUUUCUACCCCUAUGACGCGAUGGGCGCAAUAUCGUGGCUCGAGAACAUCCUGGGGAAUCAAUGUUUUGGGCUCCUUCUGUGUGGAAGUGGAAGCCACCGAUGGAACCAAGGGGUUUGCGACGGGAUUCGGUGGCCCUCCGGCAUGCUGGCUGGUCCAACAGCACUUUGAGCGGUUCUUGCUCGGCGCAGACCCUCGAGACACGAACGAUCUCUUCGAAAAAAUGUACCGUGGUUCCAUGUUCUACGGCCGCAAGGGCCUCCCGGUGGCAGUCAUCUCAGUGAUCGACCUGGCCAUCUGGGAUCUCUUAGGAAAGAUCCGUAAUGAGCCUGUAUACAAGCUCAUCGGCGGUGCUACUCGUUCGAGACUCGACUUUUACUGCACUGGCCCACAACCUGCAGCAGCCAAAGACAUGGGCUUCUCCGGGGCCAAGGUGGCCCUGCCUCAUGGCCCCGAUGAGGGAACAGAAGGACUGUUGAAGAACAUUGACUACCUCCGCAAGCAACGAGAGAGCGUUGGACCUGACUUCCCGCUGCGCGUGGACUGCUACAUGUCCCUGAAUGUGCCCUAUACCAUCGAGCUCGUCAAGCGAUGCGAAAAAGAAGGCAUCAACAUUGACUGGUGGGAGGAGUGUCUCACUCCAGACGAUUUCGAUGGCCACGCCCUGCUCAAGCGCGCCCAUCCUACCGUCAAGUUCACUACUGGCGAACACGAGUUCUCGCGCUACGGCUUCCGGAAACUGGUCGAAGGCCGCAACCUCGACAUCCUCCAGCCUGAUGUCAUGUGGGUGGGUGGUAUGACAGAGCUUCUUAAGGUUUCUGCUCUCGCCGCUGCUUAUGAUCUUCCCGUCGUUCCUCAUGCAUCGGGGCCUUACUCGUACCACUUUGUGGUUUCUCAGCCCAAUACUCCAUUCCAGGAAUACCUGGCCAACUCGGCUGAUGGACGGAGUGUCGAACCUGUCUUUGGAAACCUGUUCGUGAACGAACCCAUUCCCAGCAACGGCUUCCUUGAUGUCUCCAUCUUGGACAAGCCUGGAUUCGGUCUCGAGCUUAAUCCGGCAGCUCCGUUAAUUCCUGCUGCUUCGAUUCUGACACCAACUCCGCAGAAGAGUCUGGCGCCGCCAGCUGAUGAACAGAAUGCCAACGGCAAUGGAAAUUAG